CUCUCUUGCAACUCCCACCAACACCGCAAACCGCCGUCAUGACCUUGACCAAGCUCAAUUUCAUCACGGGCAACAAGAACAAGCUCACCGAGGUGCGCGCCAUUCUCGGCAACGUCAUCGAGGUCGACAACCAGGCCGUGGAUGUGCCGGAAAUCCAGGGCACGAUUGAAGAAAUCGCCAAGGAAAAGGCCCGUCGUGCAGCGGAGGCGAUCAAUGGCCCGGCCUUGACUGAAGAUACUGCGCUGGAAUUCCACGCUCUCAAGGGCCUGCCAGGACCGUACAUUAAGUCCUUUAUGGACUCUGUGGGUCACGAAGGUCUGAACAAGAUGCUGGAUGGGUUCGACGACCGGACUGCCGAAGCCGUAUGCACCUUUGCCUUCUGUCGGGGUCCUGGAGCCGAGCCCAUCUUGUUCCAGGGACGCACCGAGGGAUCCAUUGUUCGGCCCAGAGGCCCGACCAACUUCGGCUGGGACCCGAUUUUCGAGUACGAGGGAAAGACCUACGCAGAGAUGGAGAAGGAGGCAAAAAACCGGAUUUCCCACCGGUACAAGGCUCUGGUGAAGUUCCAGCAGUGGUUGGCUGAGGGACAACAAUAAAAGGGUAUG